AGCGCAGUUUCCCAGCAGUUGAGCCGCCGUCACCGUGGGCAGGGGCGAGUGUUUUUAACGAUGUACAGACAGAAUUUCCGCUCUCCGAGUCCCUCCAAGCCCGGCGGCGGCGAAGGGAGCCCAGGGGCGUUCCGCAGCCCCCCGCCGAUCCAGUGCCCCGGGGGCCCUAUGCUUCCUCCUCCGCUGCCUGGCUGGGGCUACGGGAGCCCACACACGCCCGGCUACGGGCCGAGGCCUCCCCGGCCUGGCGGUAGCGGCCAGUCCUCGCCCUCUCACAUGCCCUUUGGGUGUAGGUACGGCGGCCAGUCCCCGGGUCACACCUCGCCCCGGAGAGGCAGCCCUCGCUAUAACACGUCCCCGUACGGGAAGUCGCCCGGAGGAGGAAACCCCCAGCACUACCAGCAGCAGCAGUACCGGGGCCACCGUUCUCCCAGGCCACCCAUGCACUACCAGGGUUCACCCAGGACAUCUACACCAUAUGGCAGAGAGAACAGAGAGUCUAAUGAUGUGGAAAACUAUUACAGACCUUCAAUGCUUGAGGACCCCUGGGCUAACCUAAGGCCCUUAUCCCUAUCAGACAUAGACCAGCACAACAGCAAUGAGCAAACAACAUAUACUGGUAAAAAAGGGCGGUAUUUUAGCUAACCCCUAAAAUCCCAAACUACCGGGUACACUAAAACACAAGAGUUGGUCAAGGACGCAAGUCAGAUACUUUUAAGUUGAAAAAAAAAAUCUUUUAUCAGAUUUAUUUUUUUAUUGCACCAGAUAAUAACAAUGUUAAAUGUUUUGGAAGUCUAGAGCCGUUAUAGACAGAAUCAGAAAGUCCACCAGCAAUGAAGAACAAGUUGUUCUGUAUUCACCAGCGUACAUUUUGUGACUUUUAGACGGGUUUCAGAUUUCAAGACUUGUUACCAUUUUGCAUCACAUAGGCUUAUGUUUAAAGCCUAAUUUUUUUACUGUUUCUUCCAUUAAAUUGGAUUCAUUUUUAAGUAAUUGAAAUAUAAUAUAGGUUUGUAAAUCUAUGUUUAUUCUACAAGUGUAUGAUUUGUAUGGAAUAUUCAGAUAGUUUAUUUUAUUCUAAGAUGUUGCUGUAAGCAUAUUUGUGGCCUGGUGGUUUUUUGUUUUUGAUUUAUUUUUAAAGAGUAAGGUCCAUCUGUUUUUAAUUGUUCCAAACGGAUUGCUUUACUGAAUCGGGUUUCUUUGAAUAUGUACGCAGUAGUAUUGAUGAACAUAGUAGAAGUCAAGUUUGCAAACUAUUAAAACAGUUUGUGUACAUAACAGGUAUUAUGUUAUGAAACAAGGUUUAAAUUGUGUACUUUAUUUGAGAGAAGUGUAUAGUCACUGUGUUUUUAUUUGUUAUUUUGCGUUUUAAUUUAUAAAAAGAGUGAAAAAGGA